AUGGAGACGGGGAACCCAGAAAACGUGUUCUCCCACGUGCAUCGUUGUGCGGCCCUCACCAGCGACACCUUCGAUCGGCUCCUGGCAGGGGACCUGCAGUACUGGAGCUGUAAGAGCAGCGUGGCAGCCUUCAUCCUGGAGCGAGAGGUGAUGGACACGCAGCAGGGUUGCAGGGAGAGCUUUGAGCUGGUGGCUCUGGGCACUGGCGAUACCUGCUACGGUGGCUGGCUGGAUUUCAGGGGCUGGCGGCUCCAUGACACGCAUGGCCUGGUGGUGGCUCGCCGGGCGCUGCAGAGCAGGUACCUGUACAAACAGCUGCUGCUGUGGUGCAACCUGAAGGACCCAGCGGACCAGGAGAAGUGCAUCUUCCAGCCCUCGGCGGAGGGGGGGCUGCUGCCCCUCAAGCCGAAGGUCUUUGUGCACCUGUAUCUGAGCCGCACACCCACAGGGGCCUCCGAGAACUUCCCCAUACCGUUCCCGGGGAGGAAGCCCUCGGUCGGCCUCUACGUCCAUGCCAAGGGCGCGCUGAUGCCCGUCUCCAGCUGCCCCCCAAGCCUGCUGGCCGCCUGGAUCUGCUGCGCCUCGGGCAGUGACAAGCUGAGCCGCUGGAGCGUGCUGGGCCUGCAGGGGGCGCUCCUCAGCCACUUCAUGGAGCCGCUGUACCUCUCCAGCAUCAUCCUAGCGGACCCCGGCCCCGACCAGCCCGCCCUGAACUGGGUCAUCAACGAGCGGCUGCAGCUGGGCCCUGAGGCCGGCCUGCCAGCCCCCUACGCCCAGCACCAGGUCUGCUUCUUCCUGGGACCCCGCGUCGGCCCCCUCAGCUCCAGCGCCGAGUGCUGCAGGCUGAGCCUCAACUGGUGCUGCGGGGACGCAGCUCCAGAGCGGGUGGACGGUGCCACUGGGCUGGCCAUGCUGAAAAACCCCGCCGUGGAGGACCAGGUCUUCCCCAGUCAGAUCUGCAAAGCCGCCAUGCUGCGAUACUUCAGGGAGGUGGCGCAGCAGAUGAACAGGAACGCCCUGCUGGCGCUGCCCACUUACCACCAAGCCAAGACCCAGGCGGAGUCUUACCAGAGCGCCAAGGACCAGCUCUUCGCUUACCUGACCUCCCAAGGACUUGGCAAGUGGCCUCAGAAGUACCUGGUGGACAACUUCACCGGUCAGGCAGUGAAAUAG